UGCAGGUUUUCCUCCGGGGAUCGAGAUUAUGGGGCAGGAGCUGUGCGCCAAGACCCUGCAACCGGGCUGCCGCUGUCACCGCUGCGGGGACGGAAGCGAUGCACCCCGCUGUUGGAGGAGCGCGCCCGGGACCCGGAGCUCCACUGAUGCUGCCAUCCAGCUGACAGACCUAAAAGAAGCAUCGUGUUCCCCGACUUCAUUUCACCCCAGGGAACCUCAGGCUGUCCAUUCCCGGAAGUUCAAGAGCAAAAGGCCCCGAAGGAACAGCGAUUCUUUUCAGGAAGAGGAUGUGCGCCAGUGCCCGCAGUGGAGGAAGAACCUCCCCUUUGGGGCAGCCUCCUCCUACUUGAACCUGGAGAAGCUGGGGGAAGGUUCCUAUGCUACAGUUUACAAAGGGAUUAGCAGGAUCAAUGGACAGUUAGUGGCUUUAAAAGUCAUCAACAUGAAUGCAGAGGAAGGAGUCCCAUUUACAGCUAUCCGGGAAGCUUCCCUCCUGAAGGGCAUGAAACAUGCCAACAUUGUGCUUCUGCAUGACAUCAUCCACACCACUGCGACCCUCACGUUUGUGUUUGAGUACAUGCACACAGACCUGGCCCAGUACAUGUCUCAACACCCAGGAGGACUUCAUCCUCACAAUGUCAGGCUUUUCAUGUUCCAACUCUUGCGGGGCUUGGCCUACAUCCACCAUCGGCACGUUUUGCAUAGGGACCUGAAACCUCAGAACUUACUCAUCAGUCACCUGGGAGAGCUCAAGCUGGCUGAUUUUGGUCUUGCUCGAGCAAAGUCUGUUCCCAGCCAGACUUAUUCCUCAGAAGUUGUGACCCUCUGGUACCGUCCUCCUGAUGCCUUGCUGGGAGCCACUGAAUAUUCCUCUGAACUGGACAUGUGGGGUGCAGGCUGCAUUUUCAUUGAAAUGUUCCAGGGCCAACCUUUAUUUCCUGGGGUGUCCAGCAUCUUGGAACAGCUGGAGAAGAUCUGGGAGGUGUUAGGAGUUCCUACAGAGGAUACCUGGCCUGGAGUUUCCAAGCUACCUAACUACAAUCCAGAAUGGUUUCCAUUGCUUAAGCCUCAGAGCCUUCAGAAUGUCUGGAACAGCCUGGGCAGAGUCCCUGAAGCUGAAGACCUGGCCUCACAAAUGCUGCGGGGCUUUCCUCCACAUCGGGUCUCUGCUCGAAGAGCACUGAGCCAUGAUUAUUUCCGUGACCUUCCCCCGAAGCUGCACGAACUUCCUGAUGAAGAAUCUUUGUUUACUGUGUCAGGAGUGAGACUCAAGUCAGAAAUUUGUGGGGACCUUCUGGCCUCCUACCAGAAGGGUGACCGUCCAACCCGUUUUAACAAAUGUUGGUGA